AUGGUGAACGUCUUCAAGCGGAUGCGGAAGCUGAAAACCAUCCUCAACGUCCGUGUAGGAACUGGUGCCGCCAUUUUUCCUUCUGCUACCUCUGCGACCCAAGAAUUCCCAGCAAUCACCCGUUUACACCUCACAUACGCCCAAAAGAUCUAUGGCGGUCAUCAAGGCGCACGGCAUUUCUGGCGCAACUGUCUUCCCCGGCUCAAGUACCACAACCCAGGUCUUCAGAUGACCGUGAAGCAGACACAAGAACAAGAGGGACCGGCAGCCUUGACGAUAUACUUCGCAGAGCGGGCGAGCAAUGCCGCUUCCUUGACCGCGGCCAAGGUCGAGGAUAAACAUGCCCCGGCGCCGGAGUCAACAGAAAAGACAGCCAUUCUGGAUCUGAAGAACCUCGAUUACAAGGAGAUCUGGAAUAAAGUUAAGAUGGUGACCGGGGCCCAGGAAGUGCCUGCUACUUCCGAGGAGGAAGCGGAGCUGCAGAAGCUGGAGCAAAUGCGUCAGCAGUCGGAGAAGGACCGGGUACGGCUAGCCGCUAUCCGCCAGGCCAAGAAGGAUCAAGAGCGGAUGUUACAAGAGGCUCGGGGAGAAAUUGAGAAGCUGAAGCAACUGUAA